CUUCCCCGCCCCGCGCCCGGCCCGGGCCCGGGCCCCCGCCUCCCCUGCAGGCAGACUUGCCUGCUCCCAGGCCGGCCCCGCGCCCGGGACAGGGACCGGGCGGAGCGGAGCCGCUGCGCCAGCGCUGCGCCGCCAGUCGCUGCGACUAGCGGAUCGGUGCUGUGUGCGGAACUGCCCUGCCCCGCCCCGCUCCACCCGCCAGGGUGGCCCGAGGCAGCCGGGAUGACAGUUCUCCCCAGGAACCUUGCUACCUGCUGAGAAACAUGAUCAGCAAGUCCCGCUGGAAGCUCCUGGCCAUGUUGGCUCUGGUCCUGGUUGUCAUGGUGUGGUAUUCCAUCUCCCGAGAAGACAAGUACAUUGAGCUUUUUUAUUUUCCCAUCCCAGAGAAGAAGGAGCCGUGCUUCCAGGGUGAGGCAGAAAGGAAGGCCUCUAAGAUCUUUGGCAACCACUCCCGAGAUCAGCCCAUCUUCCUGCAGCUUAAAGAUUAUUUCUGGGUCAAGACGCCUUCUGCCUAUGAGCUGCCCUAUGGGACCAAGGGAAGUGAGGACCUGCUCCUCCGGGUGCUAGCCAUCACCAGCUACUCCAUACCUGAGAGCAUCCAGAGUCUCAAGUGCCGCCGCUGUGUUGUGGUGGGCAAUGGGCAUCGACUACGGAACAGCUCCCUGGGAGAUGCCAUCAACAAGUAUGAUGUGGUCAUCAGAUUGAACAACGCCCCAGUGGCUGGCUACGAGGGAGAUGUGGGCUCCAAGACCACCAUGCGUCUCUUUUACCCUGAAUCUGCCCACUUCGACCCCAAAGUGGAGAACAACCCAGACACACUCCUGGUUCUAGUAGCUUUCAAGGCGAUGGAUUUCCACUGGAUUGAGACCAUCCUGAGUGAUAAGAAGCGGGUGCGAAAAGGUUUCUGGAAACAGCCCCCCCUCAUCUGGGACGUCAACCCCAAACAGAUUCGGAUUCUCAAUCCCUUCUUCAUGGAGAUUGCAGCUGACAAACUGUUGAGCCUGCCAAUGCAACAGCCGCGAAAGAUUAAACAGAAACCAACCACAGGUCUGUUGGCCAUCACCCUGGCCCUUCACCUCUGCGACUCAGUGCACAUUGCAGGCUUUGGCUACCCAGAUGCCUACAAUAAGAAGCAGACCAUUCACUACUAUGAGCAGAUCACACUCAAGUCCAUGGCGGGGUCAGGCCACAACGUGUCCCAAGAGGCCCUGGCCAUCAAGCGGAUGCUGGAGAUUGGAGCUGUGAAGAACCUCACGUACUUCUGACUUAGGCCAGAGCUGUAACCCUUGAGGGUUGCCUACUCCACUGCCUGAGGGACCCCUGUCCAUGGUUGCAGGGAUGCCUGGUGCCAGUACAACCCCUUUGAACUCACUCUCUCCUGUUUGGGGAGGGGGGUCUUGGAACUGGCCCAAUCUGAGAUGAGGCCAUGCCCCUGGCUACCUGAGGGGUCCCAGAUCCAGUCAUGGUAUAGGCAUUGGGGACCACGGGGACCCGGCCAAGCCAGGGUACUUGUUGCUGAGUACCCCCCCUGCUAGCACCAAGAGAUUAUUUAAUGGGCUAUUUAAUUAAGGGGUAGGAAAGUGCUGUGGGCUGGUCCCAUGGCAUCCAGAAAAGGGGCACAGUACAGUGUUCUGCCCACUUUUUAUAAAAACUUACUUGUGAUGGGCCCACCAAAGCCUAGACCCAGAGCUGGCCUCCCAGGAGGGCGAGUCACCAGGAGUGGUUGGGUGUCCUCCAGAGAGGAGCUGUUACUUCCCAGCCGGACUGGGAAGAGCAUGGGUGAAGGGGUUCUACCAAGAAGAGGACCUCAGAAAAAGAGGUUUCAAACCUACCAUUAAAAUAUUUUUUCCUAAAACGGAAGCA